GCCUACGAAGCUCCAGCCCAGGUGGAGGCCGCUAGUCUGUCUGCGGUCUGUCUGCAGUCUGUUGAUUGAGUCGGCUUUCCACGCGACCUGUGACGGGUCAGCGGCGGUGCCCACAGCUCAGCGCCUGCGCGGGCUGCGGGCGUCCGUCACCAUGGCAGCGACCUCUGGGGGCCCUGGAUCUUGGAGUGAAAAUAUUCUGGAAUAUUUUCUGAGAAAUAGCCAGAUCACAACAGAGGAUGGUGCCCAGAUCACCUGGUAUCAUGCAGCUAACCACAAGGCACAAAUGAAUGAGGCACUGCAAAGUACUGCUCACAUGAUAGAAGCUGAUGUCCUUCUUCCAAGUGAUGGAUUAGAACAUGGCCAACCAAUCAUGGCCCAUCCUCCUGAAACAAACAGUGAUAAUACUCUACUGGACUGGCUGACUGAAGUUACGAAAAGCAAUAAAGGCAUCAAGCUGGAUUUCAAGAGUCUGUCAGCUGUAGAACCAUCUAUGAUGCUCUUGGAAAAUGUGAAGAGGCAUCUGAAGCGUCCUGUGUGGAUUAAUGCUGAUAUUCUUCCUGGUCCAAAUGGAAAUAGCAGAGUAGUGGAUGCAAAAUCUUUUAUAGACACUGUGACAUCCUUCUUUCCAGAUGUGACAUUUUCCCUGGGUUGGACAACAGGAUGGUAUCCUGAGAAAGUCAAUGACGGUUACAGUUGGACAAUGGUAAAAGAGAUGGAAUAUAUAUGUAAUGAACUAAAUCAGCCUGUAACAUUUCCUGUCAGAGCAGCAUUAGUCAGGCAGUCUUGUUCUCAGUUACUUUGGCUGUUAGAGAAAUCAAACAGGUACAGCCUUACUGUUUGGACUGGAAAAAAUGAUAACUAUUCUAUUGAAGAUUUACUUUGUAUUAGAGACCAUUUUGACAAAAAACGAGUUUUCUAUGACAUCUUGGAACCACAGAAUCAUGAAUUUAAACAAGCCAUUGGAAUCAAAGUUAAUCUCUAAGAAGAUUCUUCUGAAUUAUUUCAUGUUUUGGUUUUGUAAUCCUUCUAUGCUUUGUCUGAAUUAAUUACCGUAAAUUAUGAUUGAUUUAUAGUCCAAUUCAUCCAAUCAAAAACACUUAACAAGUGCUUAUUUACUGUAUUAGGCAUAUGUCCUUAUAAUACAGUACUUACCUAAAAGAUAUGAAAAGAAGAGAUUUCAUAGGAUCUAAGUGUAAUAAUAAUAAAAAGAUACUUUAAAACCCUUUAUAAAAAUAAUUUUAUAUACUGAAGAUAAUUGAAAGAAGCUAUGUAUCAUAACACAGGUAUAAAUCACAUUUUGUUGUCACUUGCAUUCCAGAGAUUCUACAAAACUAUGACACCCUUUUUCCUUUUUCCUAGAGAACUGGUUAUUUCAGAGACUACAAAAGACAAGGCUGUAAAAAGCUUUUUAACUUUCACAGAGGUGAACAGCUUUCUCACUAACAAAAUCAAAUCCACUUACUGAAAACAAUAUAAAUUAUAUGGAUCUAGAAUUUUCAUUUCAAACAUUGUUGGGAGCAUACUGACAGCUAUGUAUAUUUUUGUCUUAUUUGUUUCAAUCAUAGUGUCUUCUCUAUAGUGAGCAAAAUACCAUUGGAGAGUAGAAUUUUAAGCCUGGUAAUAUAUCAUUUGAUUUUCAAGCUUCUCACCAGCACCGCCUUAGUUCAGGAUGUUGUUCUAUUAGAAUAUCAAAAACUGGUUCUUCAUUACUUCAUUCUUUACACUCCACUCGGAUACCCUGAGUAUUUGUGCAGAAGAAAAAAAUUUAAAACACCUCUUUAUUUAUGCCAAAUCAAAAAGCUCCAGGGGCUUCUUAAAUUUAACUUUAUUGAGUUUUACUCUUUCAAGACCAUAAUGUAGUUCCACUCUGAAAGGCAACUCAUUGUCUUCCGAUACAGUCCUUCAUUUCAAAAAUACCUAGAUCAGUGGUCUCUAGAUCUUACCUAAACACUUAAUUUUAACCAUUUAAUAUCAUUCACUAAUUGCGUCAUAUGUGUUAGUUAUGUUUCCUCAGCUAGAUUAUUAUUAAAUCUUUCAUGGUAAGGGAACAUUUUUUUUUUUUUUUUUGGUAAGGGAACAUUUUUAAUUGCCCUUUUUAGUGCCUGCCAUAGUUCCUGAACAAGACAUUCAGAAAAAUGUUGCUUCUUAGAUUUAUUGAAAAGUAAUUUACCAGUGAAUGUCCUAAGAUAUGUAAUUUGUCUUUUGUUUAUCAACAGUUUUCUCCCAGAGAUUUAGAGAAAAGAACUUGGGUUUUUAAUUCAUACAGAGUUCCCUUACAACCCCACCUCUGUCUCUUACCAGCCAUAGAUUUGGGGAAAUAUUUAACCUCACUGAGUCUUGGUUUCCUUAUCUAUGAAAUGGGAUAGAGGGAAAUGAGGAUUCUCCUGUAGUGUUGUGAAGUGAAGGGACAUUCAUGUAAUGAAGGCGUCUAGCUCAAUGCUCAUCACAUAGUAAGUGCUCAGAUCCAUUGUAGAUAGGUAGAUGAUAGAUAGAUGGUAGAUAGCAGUAAGAUAUAACAUGGUACAUCGUAGAUGUAUAAAUACCUAAAACAAUUGUUUCCACUUUAAAUUUUAGCUCCAACUGAAUGCCGUACUAUUCGUCAACACCAAAAUCUCACUUUCUUAUAAAAAUUUUUUUUAUUUGUCAAUUACAAUUGACAAUAUUAUAUUAGUUUCAGUUGUACAACAUAGUUAUUAGACAUAGAAUGUACGAAGCGAUCACCCUGGUAAGUCUAGUACCCAUCUGACACCAUACACAGUUAGUACAAUGUUAUUGACUAUAUACCCUAUGCUGUACUAAAGCUUCAUUUACUGUGGUUGUCUGCCAAAAACAAAAGGUGCAAUUUCAUAGUUAAAAAAUUUUAAUAACUGCAAUACAGAAUAGCUUUUAAAAUUAUAAAAAGUUAUGAAUUUUCUAAAAUGACCAUAUUUUAUAUUUUAUAAAGAGUUGAAUUUAUAAGUGAACUGCAUUUAAUGAAGUAUUAAAUAAAAUUCACUUGUCUGGGA